GUGUGUGCGGGUGUGUGAAUGUGGGGGAAUCAGAAACCACAAACAGGAGAAAAAAAAAAUCCCAUCGUCUGAAAAGUGAUAGAAGAUAAACACUCAAAUCCACAAACAUUUCGACGAAAGCCGGGAUAUAAAAUUUCAUCUUCGGCUGUGGCGAUAAAUAAAAAGAAAAUCGCUGUAAAUUUAUUUCGUGAGCCUUAUUGGAAAAAAAGCUGAGCCAGGAAGGCCGCAGCAGCGAAAAAAAAAUCCAGUGAAAUCCGUUGAAGAAAGGAAAAAAACGAAUCCACCGCCGUUGCGUGGGAAGGGUCGUGAAAAUGAGCAUCUCAACUGAAGGAUAAAUAGCUCCGUUUUCUUUUUGAGAGGGGGAGAGUGAAAAUCUCAGCGCAAGUGCCGCGAGUCCGCGAGGGAAGUGGUAUUUAAUAUCGGAAUAUUUCAUCAAGACAACAUGGCUGACCUGCAGGCGACCAUCGAGUUUGCCGUCGAGCUGUACAAGUUCUACAACGUGGACCUGUUCCAGAGGGGAUUGUACCAAGUGCGUUGUUCGUUGCGAGUAUCGCCCCGGUUGCCGGUUCAGGUGGAAACAUGCCUUCCGGACGCUUCGACCACGGGAGUGCCUUCGGCCGUUGUCGCUGCCACGGCUGCUGCUUCUGCAUCAGCUCCUCCAAAUUCCAUGACCUCGGCGGCCGGUUCAGGCACGGGUUCUACCUCUGCCGUGACCGGCACCACCACCACCAGCAAUGCCCCUGGGUCCGUGUCGAGCAGUGCCAACACGCCCAUCUCGACCAAUUCCUCGAGCGGGUGCCAGCCCGGGUUGGGGACGACCCCCAGCAGUAGUAGUGGCAUUGGCGGCAGUGGCAGCGCUGGCGGGGGUUCCCAGGGGACCAACGGGUCGCCCAGCGCGGCCACCACCGGCUCGGGGACGACGGGCUCCACGGCCACCAUUAUCGACGACUGUGGCGCUUCGCGGGUGUUCCAAAUACUGUACCGCAACGAAGAAGUGUCGCUGCGUGACGUCAUCAUGUUCCGGGCGCAUUUACUAGUUGACAGCCGACAUCUGAAGGAAUCUAUCGAACGGGCGGAAUUCUCGUUGAAUCUGGAGCUUUGGUUCGGCGAGCAGACCACGGGCAACGUGCUGAGCCUGGCCUCGACCCGGACACUGCAGCUCAACUUUCACCCGGGCCGGGGCCUGCACUACCAUCUGCCGGUGCUGUUCGACUACUUCCAUCUGGCGGCGGUCAGCGUCGGAAUCCAUGCCAGCCUGGUGGCGCUGCACCAGCCGUACAUCAAUGCUCCCAAAUCGACCAAACCGUGGAUCGGCGGCUCCAAGCUCAACUGCCGCGGGGGCAACUCGCCCGGCCCGCUGGAGGCCAUCUUUUUCGGGCCCCAGGUCGGCGGGGCGGCCAAGUGCAGCGGCGGUUCCGCGGGCCGCCUCAUGCACGCCCGCAACGUCCACCGGGACAUCUGUGCCUUGCUGCUGGGAGCGCUGGAGUCGCUGCGGCUGGCGCUGCAGGAGUUUUGCACCGUGCUGCCCCAUCAGUGGGCCGCCCUGACCGGGUCGACCCCGCUCUCCAACCUGGACACCGAGCAAAGACUGAAGAAGCUGUCCGAUUCGGCCAAGCUUAUGGACACCGAGGAUGACCUGGCGGCGCGGGCCAACUCGGACAUCGCUCAGCUGUGCGCCGAAUGUAUCCUGUACUGGAGACGGGUCCUGUCGGCGGCCAACCAGCCCACGGUGCACAGCUUGCUGGCGAAGAAGCAUCACACGUUGCGGGUGAGACGCUUUGCGGAAGGUUUCUUCGUGAUCGAGAAUCCUCGGCACGCGGCAAGUGGCUGUUACGACUCCAACUACCAGAACUACGUGUCGAUUUGCGAAAUGGCACGCCGGUCGCGGUAUCUCUCGUCGUUACCACCGCUGCCGGUGCACUGUACACCGCUGGACGGAGACGCGAACUCACUGCCGUUGAUCUUUGAAGAUCGCUACACGGAUGGGAAUGAGUACGGGAAACGAAGAUCGGGUAGUGAACCUCACCUUAACGGUCACAGCGGAACGCUGGGGAAGGUGAAAAUCCACCAUCAACCGACGAACAAGAUAGCUCCGAUCCUCAACGCGAAGGAGUGUUCGUGUGGGAUCUCGUCCUGUUACAUUGAUCCGAUGCCAAAGAUGUGCAACAACUACAUGGGACUGAUGACGACACGGUACGCUCUCGGAGGAGAUAUUCUGCAAGCAAGUCUGUCGAUCACUCCAGCCGCAGCCGCUUCUCAGAACGGUCUUUGCGCGAAACCCUUGUCUCGCCACUCGGUCACGACGCUGGUCGAUCCCGGAUGUCAGUGGGAUCAGUUCAAGGCGGUUUACAACCCUGGUACAACCGUAACCGGUGGCACCCUUCCCACUCGGCAUAGCAAAUCACUGGAUCAGCUCGAAAUCCAGAACAACACUUCUUCGUUGCCCCGCCAGCACGUGCACAAUGUCAAUUACAACUACAACAACAACCAGAAGCAAAUCAUCUACCACCAGCCGGGAAAUGCGAUUAUUCAAACCAUUCCGGCAAAGCCGAAGAAGAACCCAGUUCAGGCGGAAGAUCUGUUGAAGAACAUCAACGAGUUCAGAGAGAAAUACAAAAAUCCGGGAGAUCCACGCAAGACUACCAACUCCAACAGUUCAAACAGUACCAGUAUCUACGAGAUGAAAGACGGAACGUGUCAGCUGGUUAAGGAUCACCACCCCAACAAGGUUCAAACUCUGAACCGGAUGCCAAAACAGGUCAACGGAUACGCCGUCCCGAGGACCGACUACAGUCACGAGCUGAAGCAGCCACGAAACAUGGACUCAAACAGCCAGCAAACCCCAAAACCGAACACGACCUGCUACUACAACUCACUCCCGAAGAACGCCGGCAUGGGACUUUCGAUACCACCGAGAAACUCCUAUCCACCGAUCCGAAGUAAAAAACAGCAAUCAACCGGAUCGCUCAACACGACAAAGCCAGACUCCAACACAAUUCCCCGCAGCAACUCGUCCCAGAUGUUGCGAAUCCAGAACGGAACCCCAAACGCGACCAACAGCAACACGCUGCCACACCGCCCUGUUGAGUUUGCCCGGAUUCGCGUAACCGACUUCAAGCAGAUCGUGCAGAACCAGCAGCAGCAGCAACAACAACGGCGCAACAGCAAGGGAACCAACGGCACUAACGAGUCUAGCAGUACGGAAAGUGGUGCCGAAAACACACCAAAGACGCAGCAACGAAACAGCAAACAGCGCCGACUGCUCUCCUCAGCCAGCGUUCCGUUCAAGCUGGAAAACCUCGAGCUGGAACAAGCCAGCGGUCCUCCCGGGUUCAGCGAAAGCCUUCCGAAUCUCGCUCCUCCACCGGCCUUCAGCAAUUCUCCACUUCCACCGAUGCGGCUUCGACGAAGACACUCCAGCAGUGAGUCGACCUCGUCGCUGAGUGAACAGUCCGGCUGGGUAUCGAGUAGACGAAGCAGCGGACCCUCCAGUCCCGAUACGCUGAUGAACGAUCGCCGGGUUGUGAACGGAGCACAGUUGAGGAAGAAACUGCUGAAGCUGCUUAACGAACAACCCCGUUUGCUGGACCGGAAAGGCAGCAAUCAAUCGAAUAUGAGCGAAUUCCUGGUUCGGAGCAACCAGAGCUCGAUGAAGUCCAGGUCCAACACGGACAAUAUCAAGAGUUCUGUUCAGAUUGAAAACUGGAACAACUUGGAAAAGGAGUGGACGGAACCGCGGUCGAUACAAAAAGGUUCCGAACACAAAAAAGGUUCGCAACACUUUACAACGAUAGCCCGUCCUCAGAAGCGUAACACCAAAAAGGAAAAGUCCAAAUCGGACUUUGACCUAGCGACCAUCUCGGACUACGUCUUUGAUGACCUUCGUCUGCUUCCUCCGCAACAAUUCCGAGAUGCACCACCACCACCGGAUGAGUUCCGGGAUCCUCCAUCGUUCAUUGAAAUUAACCCGAAGGAAGUUCCGAUCACGGCGGAACCGCCACUGCCUCAACAACCCCAACCGAUCCUAGCCCCGAUGAUCCCGCAGCAAAAACCAAUUCCAGCAAUGGUCAUCAAACAGCAACAGCAAAUCAUUCAUCCGUCAUCCCAGCAAUACCAGGUCCUUCCCGUACACCAGCAGAUCAUCCAACAGCCCCAAUACAGCAAACCCAUCCUCAAGCAGCACAUCGUCAAAAAGUACGAAGUUCGCGCAAUCGACAACCCCCUCUAUCACAUCUACGAAGUGGUCAAAACUCCUCGCCCGGUUCUAAAAUCCCAAAGUUCCAGCGAACUGGCCGCCAUUGCCAAGUGCGCCGAGACCCUGAACAAUCCAAACGCAACCAACAAUGCGACCCUGAACCACAACGGAACCUCUCACCACGCACCGCAACCAACCCAGCAAAACCACCCAAUCCCACCGGAACGCAAGUCGUCGGUCCGGGACAUGGAACGUCUCGUCGCCCAACGGGACAAGCGCGAGGAGGACGAAACCAAGAAGCGGAUCGAUCCACCCAUGCAGCUGCUCGAGUUUGAAAAGUGCCGCGAGGAGUUCCGCAAGCAGAUCAACUACUCCGGCUCGAUCUACUCGGACUUCCAGAAGCUCGCUUCCGAAAUGCCCUACUUUCACAUCAGCGAUGAGUUCCGAGCGUUCUCGACCGCCGGACUGCACCUGGUGAUCUGCGUUCACGGGCUGGACGGCAAUUCGGCUGAUUUGAGGCUGGUGCGAACUUACCUCGAGCUUGGCUUGCCAGGCGCUCAUCUGGAAUUCCUCAUGUCCGAGCGCAACCAGGGCGACACCUUCUCCGACUUUGAAACCAUGACCGACCGGCUGGUGGCGGAAGUUCUGUACCACAUCGAGACGUACCAGCUGAACCCCACGCGGAUCUCGUUCGUAGCGCACUCGCUGGGCACCAUCAUCGUACGAUCGGCGCUGGCACGACCCCAAAUGCGACCACUUCUGACGAGACUGCACACCUUCCUAUCGCUGUCCGGGCCCCACCUAGGAACGCUCUACAACUCCAGCGGGCUGGUCAACAUGGGAAUGUGGUUCAUGCAAAAGUGGAAAAAGAGCGGCUCGCUGCUGCAGCUGUGCCUGCGGGACGCGCCCGACCUGCGGCAGAGUUUCCUGUUUCGGCUGAGCCAGCGCAGCACGCUGCACCACUUCAAGAACGUGCUACUGUGCGGGUCCUCGCAGGAUCGCUACGUGCCGCCGCACUCGGCCCGGCUCGAACUGUGCAAGGCGGCCGUCCGGGACCAGUCGAACCUGGGCGUGGUGUAUCGCGAGAUGGUCCACAACAUAAUCGCCCCGAUGCUGGCCCGGCCCGACCUCACCCUGGCCCGGUUCGACGUGCACCACGCGCUGCCCCACACGGCCAACGCCCUCAUCGGCCGGGCCGCCCACAUUGCCGUGCUGGACUCUGAGCUGUUCAUCGAGAAGUUCAUGCUGGUGGCGGGCCUCAAGUACUUCAGCUAGCUGGUUGAACCAUCCAGGAUGAUCCACAUGCGAGCAACCUUUGUCCUUUACUGAGGUGAUUUAAAUGUAAACCCACAACGUUGAGUAGCGGAGAUUGAACACAUUUUUACUCAAUGCCAAUUCGGAAAUGACUGAUACAGAGCCUAAGUUACAACUUGUUUGCAAACUCUCUCUCUCUUUAAUGAUAACAAAAAAAAACUACCAAAAAAAGUAAUCAAUCGGUACAGGGUCAUGAAAAACUUCAAAGAAUUCUAUCGUACAUGUGUUAAUUGUUAUGUGUUACGAAACCGGAGGAGAAUGUUGGACUUGUUCUCGGAACAACACAAACAAAAAGAAACAAAUCUUCACUGCCGGAUGUUGAUUCAAUCGUUAUUAGGAAAAGUUAGUUUUUUAUUUGUCAAAUCUCUCUCUAUCUCGGUAAUUUUGUACUAUCGCUUUUACUCGGUUUUUGGUACAACUUUAAUAGUCUGUCUCUGUGUUAGUGCGUAAACAAAAAAAAUAAUCAAAUAUAUUUUAUGAAUGAGACUGAUUUAAUCUUAACCACAAAAAAAUGAAA